GAUUUUUGAAAAUCAAAGCACGGGAUUCUUUUCUUUUAUUUACCUAAAGACAUUAAUAAUUUUUGUUAUAUUGUUUUAAAGUAGGAGUAGUUAAUAAUGUUGCCCAAAAUUCAUAGUACUUCGCUUCUGGGAGGCGUUUAGUAGCAUCACAUAUAAACUAUGCAAACUCUUCUGCUGCCGGCAGCUCGCUCCGGCGUCGCACCACCAGCUCCGCCGUUCAAGGCGGCGGUAUCUAAGCCCAUAUCGUGUAAUGUCAGCCGUCCUUUUUCCCGCUUCAACACCUCCCUUUAUCCUCAUUCAUCUCUUUCUUCGUUGAAAUUUCUCCAGAGUUUAUCCUCACCUUACAUAAUUCUCAAUAAUCAGAGUAAUCGCAGUGCCAAAACCCUAGCUUCCGCUCCCACGGCUGCUGCCUAUACUUCUCCAAGUGAUGAAUCUGAAAAGGCCAAACUCGCUCAGGUUGCGAAGAGAUUAGAGAAAACUUCAAGGUACUUCAAGAGAUUGGGAAGUUUCGGGUUUUGGGGACAACUAGUUUGCACCGUUGUGUCUGCUGUUAUCCUUUCAUUUUCUGUUGUUAUUACUGGAAAAAUCACAUCACCUCCUACCUUUUAUGCAACUGCUGGUGGAAUUGCGGCUGCGUUUAUUUCUGUGUUUUGGUCAUUCGGCUAUAUUCGAUUAUCUGAUAGACUUCGGAAGACAGCCAAUGAUCCUUCAAAGGCGCCUCCUCGUGCUGAUGUUGUGAAGAGUCUGCAAAACGGUAUAGGUAUAAAUGUCUUGGGCAUAGGUGCUGCUAUACUUGGCAUGCAAGCAACAGUAGGUCUGCUGGUGGCUAAAGCUCUUACUACUUCAGCUGCUCCUUAUUAUCAGGGUAUCUCCCCGGGGAGUAGUCCAGUUCUUGCCUUGGAUGUGUUCUUGGUGCAGGCAUCUGCAAACACCAUAAUGUCACAUUUUAUCGGGCUAGUAUGCUCGCUGGAGCUAUUGCGCUCCGUCACCUUGCCAUCUUCAGAAAAUGUCCUCAUCCCGAAAAUCGCGUAAGUUUGAUCUACUGUUUGGUGAAAAGCAGAUGGAAAUGGGCUUUCUGCAAUCAAUUGGCUGCUUGAACCUGGGUACAAAAUCCGGAUCCCCCACUCCUUAACUCAUUUUUUUGUUGUUGUUAUUGACUACAUUUCCGUAUUUGCGGACUGUUUGAAUGCAAUUCUGUUUUUAUUGCGAGUCCAUAAAUAAAGUAGUCAGCAUUCGAAAAA